UCGAUCACCGUUCAUGCAUAUGUUAUGCUGGCCGUGGACACCAUCUGGAUUUUACAGCGGGUGGACGCGUCUCCAACCUCUCCCACACCUGCUCAACUUCUGCAACAACUUUGCUGGCAGGCUCCGAUCUCCCCCAAGUGCAAAAACAACCUCGCAUUCCUCGUAUCCUUUACCCAAGUUCGAACAGCACAGUCCAACACCCCGACGAAGAGCCAACCAGCAGCACCCUUUCCCCACCCGGGUUUUCACACCCGCCUUCCAAAACCGUCAUGCCACCCUCCAACCCCCCCUCGGAAUCCGGCUUCAAAUACUACACCCUCCGCACCCUCACUCUCCUCAAAACCUGGUGGCUCGCCCUGCCCGUCGCCUCCUCCCUCACGAUCCUCAUCUGCACCCUCGCAACCGUCUUCGACGCCACCCGCUUCUUCUACGACAUGGGCGUCUGCCCCGGCCUUAUCGUCCGCCACACCUGGCCCAACAUCUACCACCUCCUCACCGCGCAAUGGUUCCACCAGAACAUAUCGACGACAUUGCUGAACGUCCUUUUUUUCCCGCCGUUGAAUAAGAUGUUGGAGACGCAGAGGGGCUCGUUGCAUAGUGUGAAUUUCGUGCUGGUGGUCGGGUUCUUGGGGAGUGCGGUUUAUGUCGGGGUGGAGGCGUUGGGGUAUGUGCUCUGGGGGAGGGAGAGCUGUAUGGGUGGGCUUGGGGCGGUGAUGUAUGCGUUGUUGACGGUGGAGGCGAAUGAGAAGGCAGGGGCUUUCAAGACCAGGAGGAUAUUCGGCAUCCCCCUCCCCGGCGCCCUGUACCCCUGGCUCCUCCUCAUCCUCUCCAAACUGAUCCUCGACUCGCCCUUCAUCUACAACCUAUCGGGCAUCCUCGUCGGGCUGCUCUACUACAUCGGCGCGCUGAAGUUCCUGUUUGUCCCCGGUCGCGCAUGGCGGUGGGUGGAACAGAGGGCGCCGGUGCGGUGGAUCGCGAAGAGCGGGGCGUUUGUGCGGACGCCUGAGGAGAGCGUCGCGUUGCCGACUACUGUGGAUGAUGUGGAGGGGUAAAGUCUUUGGUUGGGAUGGGGCCGAUGGAGGAAUGCGGUAUUGAGAUCUCACACCAUUGUACAUUUCCCACAGCGCACCAAACCAACCGGGCCCCUUCGCACGCUUCCGCGGCUUCUUCACCGGCUCCCGGGGGGACUACCAACCCAUCUAAACCCUGCCUCAUCCAUUCCUUACUUGGACCCCCAGCAUCACCCUAUCAAGUUUUCCUCCCCCUCCCCCCAAUUCUGCUUCCUUCCGUGUGUGUUCACCUCCUUUACCGCACACCCGCCUUUUGUCUUCCAAAACCUUUUACGAGAAGCCCUCAUACGUAGACCAGCUUCCGCCCCCCCAAACAAAACCUGUUUGUGAAUUUUGUAAAUAGCCUGGCACGGAGACUCCUGACACACCAGAAACCGAAGUCUCUUCUCG